AUGGGUGAAUUUGAAAGAGCAUGUCGCACUUAUGCCAUGCUUUCAGAUACUGAAUAUGAAGCUCCAACCAUUCAUACUCUAUUGUUUAAUUUGAAUAUACCUGGUAUUGAAGUUUUACUUACAAAAGAAUUCAAAUUGAAACAAUAUUCGAAUAAUGACAUUGUGGAAUUUGAUAAAUUGGAGCAGCAAUGGAACAGAACACAUCAACCACACAACAUGCUGCAAAAUUUCAAAAACAAACAAUCCAACGCACAUAUCACCAUUGGAGGAAUUACCUAUCACAAACAACAAAUUGAAAAACCAGAAGCAAAUGACUCUCAAUUCCGAAUAUUUAAGCAUUGGUGA